AUGAAUCAUACGUUCACGUCUGUCACUGUCGGACACACUCUCGUCCUGUAUCGAGGUCUUGUUUCUGUUACGCUCGUUCACUCUGCCUGUUCGCCUGUCUAUCCUUCCUCAUACGCCAUUGGUUUUCUCACAACAAUGCACUCGCAUCCUCCUGCCUCCUUCGCAACUCGCCCACACGUUCUCGUUCUUCUAUGGUUUUCCAAACUGCGUGCUGGUCGUGAGGCCCACGCGAGCUGA